AUGUCUAAUCACUACUACAAUGAUCUUUGGCAUCAAACGCACCACGAAAUCGAUCUUCUGGCGGCCGCAGAUGAACAGCAGGGUCAGAACUUUGAAACGGAACUCGCUGCUUUGGCAUCGUCUCUGCCGGAUGUGGAAAGUGGAGUCGAGCCCAAGAAACUCAUGCAGUCCACGGUAUUCGAAUUCUACUUGCGUUACAUUGGCAUUGCCAACCGCUUGGAAGAAAUCUACGACAAGAUGAUACAGCCGCAGAAACGUUUGCUAGUGCGCAAACUGCUCGAUGCUUGUCUAGGACGGGUUAUCGAACUGAAGCACGACCUCGUCAAUAUUGAUCUAAUGGAGUUCAGUUACAAUGAUUCGGUGGUAUUGAGACUUCAACUAACACCGAUCGAAACGGAAUUGCAUAUACCGCGUUACUUUCUAAGGGAACGGCGACAGGAAAUCGAGCAACGCAAUCGGACAAUGCACGAGAUACUUGUGAAGUUGGGUUGGCUGGAGGAGCAUCCCAGCGAUGAGAAGCUAAGCGAAAUCGAAGCUAUACGACUACUGCAGAUGCAUGAGCGCGCACGGCAGGGCCGACUUCGUGCUCAUUUCAUGAAGGAGAUAAGAAUGCUGAAGGACAAAGGCAAAGCCGAAGAAAAGGGUAGGGAGCGCAGUGAUAUGGGUCUAUUGGCUGCAAUGAAGAUACAAAAGGUCUGGCGUGGCCAUACUGCACGGCGCAUCACGCGUAGACGCAAGCAAGAGGAAAUGAUUUUAAUCGGCAUGGUACCACCGACGGCGGCAAUGCUGAAGAAACGGGCAGAAAAGGAGGAGAAAUUAAACGAGCAUCGCUACGCAACACAAACAGCAUACAAGCAAAAGCUCGAAGCCUCCCUUGUCGCUGUGCGUGAGGACAUCAAGAGUAAGCAAGGCGCUAUAAUAACGGAGGAUAUAACUGAUGAAUUGCGCGCUUGGAUCAAGGAAUGCUAUGAAAAAACAGGCAAAUUGCCCGAAUUCCCUAGCGAGGAGCAGGGCGGCUCACUGCACAUUUUCAGUCGGCCCGGCACCGAGAGCGAGCUAAGCCGCUCUUCAGCCCGUUCUUCGAAGGAGUCCCGCAAAACUAAAGAUAAAUCGAAAUCACCAGCACGAAGUGGUGACUUAAAUGUGAACGAUACUCAAGCGGAGGGCGAGAACUUUCAUCCUGGACAGUCGGUUUUGCUCGCAGACAUAAAAACAGCAAUCGAAGAAUUCAAUGAAAUUUGGCGAAACAAAGACGAAACCGGUAACCUGGCACAGGUACAGUACGAUGACAUGAUUUACCAUGAGAAAUAUAUGGAAAUAGAACUAGAAUGUCGUCGCACGGUGGAUGAACUUAUGCGCCAAGAACUGGAAUUGCUACAGACUGCCAUCGGUAAGAAGAUCAAGAAGAGCAGUAAGAAAACACGACGUUCUGGUAAGAAGAGUAAAAAGAAGAAGGAAAAAGACCUUACGCCCGAUCGUACAACAGAGUCACUCUACGAAGAGCUGGUAACCAAUGGUAUUAUACGCAAAUAUCCGGAAGUGAGACUUAGUCAAUACAUAGGCGAUAAGGCUUUGAGUGAACGGUCUGGAACUAAUCCAUCGGCUGGUGACAUUCGUCAAAUACUCACAGAGUAUUGUAUAUUGCCACUAGGAUCAGAGGCUAUACGUAAUUCUUCCCCACUCAUACGUUCCAUCCUGUUUGCCGGUCCAAAGGGAUCGGGCAAGAAGGCACUACUACAUGCUAUCUGCACUGAAAUCGGCGCGGUGCUAUUUGACCUAACACCAGCCAAUAUUGUGGGCAAAUAUCCGGGAAAAUCUGGUUUAAUAAUGCUUAUACAUUUGAUUUCAAAAGUUUCGCGUUUACUCCAACCAGCUGUCAUAUAUAUGGGCGAUGCGGAACGUCCCUUCAUGAAAAAAGUGCCGAAAACUGAUCGCACUGAUCCGAAGCGUUUAAAAAAGGAUUUGCCACGUUUGAUUAAGAAUAUUGCGCCCGAAGAUCGCGUACUCUUUGUGGGUACCUCUAAUUUACCCUGGGAAGCGGAUCAAAAACUAUUUCAGCAAACAUACAAUCGCUUCAUCUAUAUACCCAGACCAGAUUACGGUGCAAGAUCAAGCGCUUGGAAGGCACUGGCCAAUGAGUAUACAGGAGGGAUAUCUACUCUGGAUUACAGUGUAAUGGCAAAGAUAUCGGAUGGUUAUACGAUUGGUGCGAUAGAUUCCUGUCUGAAGGAAGUUUUAACGUGUAAGCGUAAACUUCAGCUGCGUACCCAACCGCUAACACAUGCAGAGCUUAUCAAUGCAUUAAGCACUCGUGAUCCAGUAUAUCGCGAGGAGGAAGAAGCUUUUGACAACUGGUGGUCUAAAACUCCAUUAGGCCGACGUUAUGAACGAGCGUUGGAGAUGGAAGAGGAGGCGCGUUUAGAAGAAGAAGAGAAAAAUGCCAAACAAAGCAGUAAUGGCAAGAAAAAGUAA